UUUGUGGUUUGUGGUUGUCAACCUUAAAGAAAUGUCAACAAAAACCUUUUCGUAAACAAUGGUAAAAUUGGAUUUGGAAAAAGUGUGUCGAACAUGUUGCAAGGAAGAUUUGGAUGCCUCAUUAAUCGAAACGAGUCGUAUAAACAUAGAGGAAUGUUCCGUUUUGGUUAGUGAUAUAAUAACCUUAAUUUUUGAUUUGAAGAAAUCGCCGGAGUACCCUAAACAUAUAUGCAAAGAGUGCGUAGGAAAAGUUACAGAAAUAUAUAAAUUUAAAGUUCAGUGUGAAAAUGCUGAAAAUCAGUUACAAGAGUAUUUACAUGAUAUCAAUUAUGUACCAGAUUAUAUGAUUAAUAUUAAAUUGGAAGAAGAUACUUCGAGCAACAUAAAUGAUGAUAAAAGCUUUAGUGAUACAGAUAAUAUAGAAAAUGAAGAAAAAUUCGAGGUAAAAAAACCUAAAGUAAAGAAGAAGAAAAAAAAGGUCAUCAAAGAUGAAGAUGAUGAUGAUAACAUAGCUUUAAGUGAACUAAUUAAAAAAGAAGAUAAUAAAAAAUCAUGUUCAAAAAAAAAAGUCAAAGUAAACCUGGAAGAUGAUAUGGUUGAGGCAGAGUCACAUUUUUGUGUGAAAUGUAACAAAACAUUUAAAAACAAGUACAUUUUAACCGUUCAUGAGAAAAGGCAUCUUUACAAAGGUCAAUUUUUGUGCACCACAUGUGGUAAGGGAUUCAACUCUAAAGGAUGUCUAAAUCGACAUGCCAGAGUCCAUACAGGUGAAAAAAAAUACAAAUGUGAAGUUUGUGAUAAAAUGUUCCCAUCGUCGAAUAAUCUGAAACUGCAUUCGAGAAUUCACAGUGGAAUUAAGCCUUACUUGUGCACAAUGUGUGGAAAGUCUUUCAGCCACCCUACAGGUUUAACAUAUCACUUUCGAACUCACACCAAGGAAAAACCCUACACCUGCGAAAUUUGCGGGAAAUCUUUUGCAAUACAGUGCCAUGUGGACAGGCAUAGAAAAAUUCAUACAGGUGAAAGGCCGUUUCCGUGCAGUCAAUGCGACAAGGCGUUCAUCAAAAAAAUCGACUUGCAACGGCACGAAGACGUGCACAAGGGCAUCAAGCCUUACGUUUGCUCGGUAUGUUCGAAGUCGUUCCUCAGGAAGAUGCACCUCAACUACCACAUGAUGGUGCACACUGAAGAAAGGCCGCACAAGUGUCCGGUUUGCGGGAAAGGAUUCAUCCGUAGGUACUACUUGAAAGAUCACAUCAUUAAACAUCAUGGUCCCAUUGAAAAUUUCAAGAUGGACCAUGAUUCUGAUUAAACGUUAAUAUUUACUUAAACACAUUUGUUUAAAUGGUGAUUUGUUAUAUCUGUAAAGUUUUAUAGUUUUUUUAACCCCCUAUGAAAAUAUUUUAAUUUUAAUGCGUUUCUGUAAAAAUACAAAAUUAAGUUUAAAAUAUUAAUACAAGA